UUCAGAAUUAAGGAUGAUGAAGUGGAGAUGGAUGUCAGCACAAAGAUAAAUGGGCAAGAAAAGUUUAGAGAGGACAAUGGUCAUGAAAUGAUUGACAAAUAUAUUCAAGUUGAUGGAGGUACUGAAAAUCAGAGUCACUCAAUUACCAACAUCAAGCUGAAGGAUGAUGAAAUACGUGAGGUGGAUCAUGAACUUUAUGAGGUAGAUUAUGAAAUUAAUGAGAAGGAAGGACUUUGUGAUGAGGAUGUAAAUAAAACUACCAUUACAAUAAAGAUAAGUGAACAAUGUGGAAGAAAAUGUGAGAGACCCUACAUAUGUGAAGUAUGUAACAAAGCUUUCAAACAGAAAUCCCAUUUAUCAAGUCACAUGCUGAUUCAUACAGGCGAGCUACCUUAUAAAUGUGAUUACUGUGAGCAGGGCUUCCGACAAUCCCACGCAUUAAAAAAGCACCUUACAGUACACACCAAGGACAAGCCAUACACGUGUGGUGUCUGCCACAAAAGUUACCCCCUCAAACAAGUAUUAGAAACUCACAUGAGGAUACAUUUAGGGGAAAGGGAUCAUAUUUGUCCAGUUUGUGGACAAGGUUUUAUUCAGUACUGUAGUAUGAAGAGACAUAUGAUCACACAUUUGGAGGAAAAACCUCACAAAUGUGACAUUUGCGGAAAGUCAUUUGCACGACGGUACAAACUGACCAAUCAUUCCAGAAUUCAUUCGGGUGAAAAACCUCACAGUUGUGACCUUUGUGAUAAAGUUUUUAAAUCUCCAGCUCAAUUAUCGCAGCAUCGGACCGUUCACACGGGUGAUCAGCCUUACAGCUGCAAGAUCUGCAACAAGAAAUUCAGUCGACACUCCAACAUGACCAAUCAUUUGAAGAAUGUUCACAAGAAUGGGAAGUUAUGUGUUGGUAAGAAAUCCUGGGAUUGUGAAUUAUGUGGGAAGUCGUGGACUUGUCAAUCUCAUUUACUGAGACAUCUCACGUCUCACACGGGAGAGCGGAAGUUUAUAUGUGAGCUGUGUGGAAAUCGGUACUGCGACUCCAGUGCUCUUUAUAAACACAGGAAAAAAAUCCAUAAGAAAAAACGUUAGAUAUAUGCCUAUGGCAGCAGUAUAAUGGCUAUUUGAAAAGUCUACUAAAUGCAUCUUAAUUAGUGAUGUCUCUCAAUUAAAGUACAUGUACCGGACUACCGGUACAUGUAUAUAGUAUAUUAGAACAUCUAUCUACCGGUAUAUCAUUAU